AUGGGCUUCGGGUUGGAGAGAAAAGUGGCUCGAUUAACCGGAAUCCAUCUACCGCUGGGAUAUCUGAUUCAGAUCUGGGAUAUGGUGAUUGUGACACGUCGUGUCGGAAUUGGCGAUCUGACACGUCCUGGUAUCCACGUCUUGAAUCUGAGAAGCCAUGUCCCACUGAGCUUCAGCCCACAGUCGACAUUUGGUCAAAAGCUUGAAUAG